CAAGAUCGGCACAAUGGCCUCUCGUCCUCAGGUCACGGUCUUCAGCGCCGAAGAUGGCUCAGCCAAGGGCUCAACCACCAUGCCCGCGGUCUUCACGGCCCCCAUCCGCACGGAUGUUGUGCAUUUCGUGCACACCAACAUGUCCAAGAACCGUCGCCAGCCUUACGCUGUGAAGGAUUCUGCUGGUCACGAGCACUCUGCUGAGUCAUGGGGUACCGGUCGCGCUGUGUCGCGUAUCCCCCGUGUGUCGGGUGGUGGUACCAGCCGUAGCGGCCAGGGUGCCUUCGGUAACAUGUGCCGCAAGGGUCGCAUGUUCGCCCCCACCAAGGUGUGGCGCCACUGGAACCGUCGCAUCAACAAGAACCAGCGCCGUUACGCCACUGCUUCGGCUCUGGCUGCUUCGGCUCUGCCUGCCCUUGUUGAGGCCCGCGGCCACCGCAUUGGUGACCUGCCCCAGGUUCCCCUCGUCAUUGAGUCGAGCGUUGAGACUUUCCAGAAGACCGCCAAGGCCGUCGAGCUCCUCAAGGCCGUCGGUGCCUUCGAGGAUGUUGAGCGCAGCCGCGAGAGCCGCAAGCUGCGCCCUGGUCACGGCAAGUGGCGUAACCGCCGCCACAUCCAGCGCCGUGGCCCCCUUGUCGUGUACGGCAAGAACACUGGUGUUGUUGAGGCUUUCCGCAACCUCCCUGGUGUCGAUACCUGCUCUGUGGAUGCCCUGAACCUGCUUCAGCUCGCCCCCGGAGGUCACGUUGGCCGCUUCAUCGUCUGGACCGAGGAUGCUUUCAACAAGCUUGAUACCCUCUUCGGCACUCAGGAGAGCCCCGCUGACGAGUCCGCCAAGAAGCGCCGUAACGCUCCCUACCACAUGCCCCGCCACAAAAUGGCCAACGCCGAUCUGGCCCGUAUCAUCAACUCCGAUGAGAUCCAGUCGGCUGUGCGCCCCGUCAAGACUGGUGGUGUGCACGCUACCCAGCGCAAGAACCCCCUGAAGAACCUGAACGUUCUCCUCCGCCUCAACCCCUACGCCAAGGUGUGGAAGCGUCACGAGACCAUCCAGGCUGACAAGCGCCAUGCUGCCCGCCAGCAGGCUGCCAACGCCAAGCGCGCUUAAAUGCGUUGCAGCAUUGAACGCCCAUCUCUUUUUGGGUCGGAUCUUUUUUUCGUUGAUCUUGCCUUUCAAUCUUGGACCAAUUGAUAGCGAUCAGGGG